AAGCAACAAAAGGGCUUGAAAGUAAUAGAAGCUAACGGUGAAAGCAUAAAAUGUCUGGCGGAAGAGGCAUCUCGUCUUUGCGGUCAAAGGAUUUGACUGAGAAGUACCAGAGUCUAGGCUCGACAGUUUCUCAAUCGCAGAGAGACCACCUUUUGACACAACUUCAGGUUUUCCAAGCAGCAUUGAUAUCGUUCAAGAGUGAAUAUGCAUCAGAAAUCGUACAGAAUGAAGAAGUACGAACGAACUUUGCAGAAAUAUGCAUUGCUUUUGGAAUAGACCCGCUAGUGGUGGCGUCAUCUAUAACAGGAGAGCAAAAUAAUGAUGUAGAAAGAUCGAACCAGUUGUGUUUGAAAAUGAUUGAGUUGUGCACUAUGACAAGGCCCAUCAACGGUGGAAUAAUUUCAGUAAAGGAUUUGCUUGGAAUGAUCAAUUCAGAUACUUGGGUGAACAAUGAUUUGCAUUUGAACUUCAAGCAGAGCGAUAUAGUGGAAGCAUUGGAUCACCUCAAGAUACUGGGGAGUGAGUUGCAGCUCGUGAAAAUAGGGAAAAAGGAGUACAUCAAGAGCAUACCACAGGAAAUUAACGUCGACCAGAGCAGAAUACUUGAAGCCGCAGAUAUCCUUGGAUAUGUGAGUUUAUCUGUCCUCAAAGCCAACUUUGGAUGGAAAAGUGUACGAUGCCACUCGGCAAUUGACGAGUUAGUUUCGACAGGUAUAUUGUGGGUCGACAUUCAGGAUAAAAAACACGAGGUGAAAUAUUGGACAACGACGUGGAUAAACAAAUGAUAAAGUUUACUGGUUUUAUAUUAUGAUGCUACAUAGCUUUUUUUCUAUCUAUAUAUACAGUUCAAUGCGAUAUGUACUGGAACGCAAAAUCCACCG